CGUCACUUGAAAAUGACGUAGUCUCAACAAUAACGAGUAAAUAAUUUAGAAAAAAAUAUAAAACACAUUUUAUUUAAAUACUGAAAUCGAUUUAAAUAUAAAAUAAAAGACAAAGUGAUAGUUAAAAAUGUUUUGCUGUUUCAAAUACUGUAUGAACGGCUUCACACUGACGCCAAGUGUGCCGAUACGUGUGAAGAGUAAUCCUGUACAGUUAGAUACUUUACAUAUGGGACAUGAAGUAGUAAUAGUGAAAGGAGGCCAGCGAGUCUGUGGGUCUGGUUGCGCCCUGGGCAAUGCUCCACUUGUACAAAACAAAGCUUACUUUGAGGUCAAACUGCAGCAGGGAGGAGUUUGGGCGGUUGGCCUGGCCACAAGAGAUGCUGAUCUUAAUAGGGUACAUGGUGGAGUAGACAAAGACUCAUGGUGCCUCAACAGUGAUGGUACAGUUCGACAUGACAAUGUAGAAUUAUAUCACCUCCAACCUGCACCACAGGACUCCCCGACCACAGAGAUCCUAGUCACUACAGCAAAUCAUGACAACCAAACAGAGAAUGAGAAACCAGAGAGUGAGAAAGGGAAUGAGAAAGCAGCAGUGAUGCCUGGAGAGGGAGAUGUGAUAGGAGUGGCAUAUGAUCAUGUGGAGCUCAAUUUUUUCCUGAACGGCAAGAAUAUGGAAAUACCUAUUAGGAAUGUUAGAGGCACUGUGUAUCCUGCACUUUAUGUUGAUGAUGGUGCUAUUCUGGAUAUAAUAUUAGACAACUUCAGAUAUCCGCCACCGACGGGCUAUGAAAAGAUAAUGGUCGAACAGUCUUUACUUUAACAGAUGAAUAUGUAUUGAAUUGCUAGUGUGUGCAUCGUGUGAACCGCUCUUCAGGCUCCAAAUUAAGUACGAUAUACAU